AUGGCCCCGCUGAGCCGAGGCUGCGACUCCGGGGCGCUGCUGGACCGCUUCGGCCUCACCCUGCAAGCCCUCCUGGCCCUGGUGGCCUUCAGCACCCUCAUGUUGAAACGUUUCAAGGAACCAGAAGAAGAAAGGCGUCCUUGGAGGAUAUGGUUUUAUGACACCUCCAAGCAAGCGAUUGGAGCCCUUUUCAUCCACUUCACCAAUAUUUACCUAUCAGAUCUCACGGAAAAGGAUCCCUGCUCUCUUUACCUAAUGAACUUCCUCCUGGAUGCCACCCUGGGGAUGUUCUUGAUCUGGGCUGGAGUGAAGGUGGUGUCCUGGAUUGUGGAACGCCAAGAAUAUACCUUGAUGACCUUUGGAGAAUACGGGGACCCUCCCCAAGCAGCGGCCUGGAUUGGGCAGUGCAUGCUCUACUUGCUGAUCAUGGUCUUCGAGAAGACGGCUGUUAGCCUUGUGCUUCUUGUUCCCGGCUGGACCAAGCUACAGGAGAUUCUGUUGGACUACAUCCCGGACCCACAGCUGGAGCUAAUCCUGGUCAUGCUCAUUGUGCCUUUCAUAGUCAACGCCAUAAUGUUCUGGGUGGUGGACAGCCUGAUCAUGAGGAAAUACAAACAGAAGAAAGACGACGAUGUUGACCUGCAGAGCAGUUGGGCUGUGGAGGGUCUGCGAGGACGCAAGGAGGAAGAGUAUCAGGUGUUGCUCAGCUCAGAACUGGCCAUGGACCGACGUGGAGUUGGUGGCAAUCUGGCGGGAGCGGAGGGGCAUCCCGCUGGCGGUGACCAAGGCCAAAGCAACGGAGACGGGAACAGGGACCAGCCGCAGGGCUCAGGUGGCCGGCCGACUGUGCCUUGAGAACGCCAGCUGCAGGCGGCGGCAGUGAUGCUGUCGUGGGCCAGCGGCGGCUAGGGCCGCUCCCCAGGAGUGAGAGCAGUCGGGUUGGGAUGGAGGCUGCAGGGAAGGACUCUUGUCUGGUGGUGUCAAAAAAAGAUACCUUCAGCCACGAACAGCCUCCUCCCCACUGCAGCCAGCUGCCGACCUAACUGAAGGGCUCAGGAUUGGGGCCGGAGGCAAUGAGGAAGUGGGGAGGGGAUGUGCUCGGUAACUCACACAGCUCCUUCUCUGCCGGGACCCUCUGGUUCACCCCUCCUGGCCUCUGGCAGUGGCACAUUCCCUGCAGGCCCUGAGAGGGGCCAGCUGAUGGUGCCUUCAGAGAACCAGGGUUCUGGGUGAAGCCCUAACAUUAACUGUUAUUUUUCUGAAAAUGCCAGGCCGGGCCCUGACAUUCUUGCCUUUUACAAGCACAGAUGUCUCAAAGAUAUCUCUGGUGUUCUAACUUAUUUAAGAAAAUGCAAAAAUCCCUGGCAUUUGAACUCUUUGUAUCCUAAUGAACUGGGUUUCUGGGAG